GGUUGUGCCAUUCUCUGGUCAAAGAGACAGAGGGAGGAUCGCGCAAGUAAAAUGAACAAACCUUUUGUUUUGAACUGACCACGUGCGCGUCGGCAGCAGUCGACAUCGCGUGUGUCGCGAAAGAGAAAAAAAGUAUUAACAUCAUCGUAAAAGUUGCGCGUAAAAUAUACCAAACGACUAUAGGAUGGCGAGCACGAGUAAUGAAGUUGACCGUGUGCAAAUUCGUUUCACCACGAAACAACAGCAAUAUGCUGUGCCAGAUUAUCCUCUAUCAGUGCACUUUACGAUAAACAAAGAAGAAUUAAAUACUCUGGUUUAUGAACUUCUAAAAGAAUCAAAUGCUGAGCAGAACAAAGUAAAGUUUGACUUUAUAGUAGCCUCUCAGUUGCUGCGCACUUCUUUGGAGGAACAUCUCAUCGAAAGAGGAGUUUCCACUGAAGAUGUAAUAGAAGUGGAAUAUGUGGAGAAAUAUCCUCCACCUGAGCCCAAAGAUUGUAUCAUACAAGAUGACUGGAUAUCAGCUGUUGCUGUUUAUGGAAAAUGGAUUUUAACUGGCUCUUAUGACAAUACUCUGCACAUUUGGACGACAAGGGGCAAACAUCGGUUAGUAAUUCCUGGACACAUAUCUGCCAUCAAAGCAGUGGCAUGGCUCUCUCUGAAUGACGACAGUGCUUCCUUCGUCAGCGCGUCAGAGGAUCAAACGGCCAUGAUAUGGAAUUGGAAUAUCGUAAAAAAUUCCGUGGAAUGCGUGUACAUCUGCGAAGGACAUGAGAGGAGUAUUCUGGCGCUUGGUUUGAAUCACGACCAAACACAAAUGGCCACUGGCGGCUGGGACACGAUGCUGAAAAUAUGGUCAACAUCUACGCAGAAUGAAACAGAAAAUACGGAACCCGCGUCGAAAAGGAUAAAAGCGAAACGGAGUAAAACGAGACUUCCGCAGCGUACCUUAGCAGGACACAAAGGUGCGAUCAGCGGUCUCGUGUGGUCUGAUAAGAUGGAGAUCAUUACGGCGUCCUGGGACCACACUCUGAAGAUUUGGGACUCCGAACUGGGCGGUAUCAAGCACGAAAUCCCCGGCAAUGAGCCCUUUUUCGACGUAGACUAUUCACCGUUGGCACGCGCUGUGAUAGCGCCGUCGUCUGAUAACCGUCUGAAGCUAUACGAUCCGAGGUCUUCAGAGGGUGCGAUCGUGAAAACUGUAUUCAAGUCUCAUACACAGUGGGUGCAAUGCACACGCUGGUCGACCGUGGAUGAGCAUCUUUUCGUUUCAGGAGGGCAUGAUAGUCUUGUCAAGCUCUGGGACACCAGAAGUCCCAAAGUGCCGCUGUACGAUCUCACAGGUCACGUGGAUAAAGUUCUCUGCUGCGACUGGUCGGAUCCUAAAUUGAUAGUGUCUGGCGGCGCGGAUAAUACCUUAGGGAUAUUCAAGCAAACGGAAGAUCGUAAAUAUCGCGAUACGUUAUGAUCAUUAUGUAAUGUGGAAGCGCGUAAACUCGCAUAGAGUUUGUACGUGUUUCGUAUCCGCGAGAGUAUGUUUAUUUAUAAUUAUUAGAUGUAUAAAAUUGUUUUAUACAUUUACUCUUUUAAUAAAACAUAUAAUAAAAUUC